UGUCGAAAUAACGACUUAAUAUCUCAAAAUAAUGAGGUAUUAUGUCGAAAUAACGACUUAUUAUGUCGAAAUAACGACUCAAUAUCUCGAAAUAACGAUUUAUUAUGUCGAAAUAACGACUUAAUAUCUCAAAAUAAUGAGGUAUUAUGUCGAAAUAACGACUUAUUAUGGCUUCCGUAUUCAAUGACCCCCUUUAUUGUACAAGUGAGAAAUGAUUAA